AUGGCGACACUCGUGUCGCAACAGCAGUCGCAGCAGCGAGCGUCCGACAACGUGUGGACUCGGAGGCGACAGGUGCAGGGUCGCGAGCGUCCGACCCUGGCGUUGCGCAAGAGCAGCAGCAACGCCGACGCCGUCACUGCCGCGAUCACUCGCGAAACGCCAUCUCUCGCCACUGCUCUCUCUCUCGACAAGCCGGAUUCCUUGAGACGCCUCCCCCGAUCGGCAGGGGGGCGGCCUCGGGGGACCGCUAGUAAAGCCUCGCAACUCGCGCGAGACGCUGUUGCCGGGGAGGCGGCGGCGCGGCGACAGGAGCGGAAGCGGGGCGAAGCAGAGCCGGCGAGCCAGCUUGAUGGAAAGGACAUCGACGACACGCCGACGAGCUUUGAGCUGCUGCGGUUGCCCGGAGUUCGCGGGACGAAGACGACAGAUGGCAGUCGCUGCGCCCGCAAUGAUGCUAGUGCUAGCAACGACACGAACGCCGCGGCCGCAGGUUUCGGAAGCGGGAACGAGGAGGAAAGCUUGUGGGAGGAGGGGAAAAGGGUGGGUCGUAGCAGCCUGGGAUCUCACGGCACCGUCGCGGCGUCUGAAAACGAAAGCAUUUUCCCACGAGACGGAUCUUAUGCGCGCGACGAGGAGUACAGUAACGGCGAACACGGCGACGCGCAUCCUGUCAAAACCAACAGUGGUAACCCGUCGGCCCGAGAGGUAGACGACUUCCCCGGCUUCUCCAUGACCCCACCCGCCGCAGCGGCCGCCGCCGCGCACGUCGAAUCUGAAUCGGAGUCGGAUCGCGAAGCUCCUGGCGGCGCGACGGAGGUGGUAGCCGAAAAAUGCGGGUGGAGCAGAGUGGCCGGAAGAAGCUCCUCCGUGUCUGCCAGCGCCGAUCCCGCUGGAUCCGCGACGUCGCAGAAGAGAGUGCUCCUGCAAAGAGGGUCGCAAUCGCAAAGGGUAUGUUCCGAAACUGACGUCGUUACGCACCCGUCGCCCUUACCAUCGUCGCUAUCCAACGCAGCCGAGUCGCUUACACUCAACUUGUCGUCGCCAGCGUCGCCGACUAUCGACGAAACGUUGUCGGCCGGGUUAAAAUCUGCUGGGGUUUCUGACGGUCCGACCCUAGAUAGGAAUCUGAAUAAAGCCGGCGUCGCUGGUGAGCUAAUGGCGCAACCUCCGCCUCUUUCAGCACACGCAAUGUCUUCAGGAUUUUCUCCUGAAGACGAGGCGAGAACAACUGCGAGCGGUUUAACCGCCGUUGGAUUAGCCUCACACGCAAAGAUUGAUGUCAACCACGAAGCCAGCGAUGUCGCGGAACGGGAUAGUCACGAAACCCUCGCGAACGGCAGCUGGGCUGGGGAGUGCAGCGACGUCGCCGGCUGCAGUUACAGCAACUUCAGUAACUGCGAAGGUUUGCCGAGUCAGGACUGUCAAAGCAACAUCCACAGCAUCCCUCCCAGCCGCGUCGCCCACCAUCCCCCUCCUGAGCUGGAUUUGACGUGCCUCGAAUCCAUUAUCUCAACGCUGGGCGUGCAGCAAGAGGAGCAGGCAAUAAAAGGCAAGAGCAAAGAGUGGAUGCCACGUGGCAGUGGGAACGUUGGAGGGACGAAGCAUGGAAGAUCUGCUUCUUCAUCCUGCCCAACUACCCCGUUUCCGCAAGUGCCACCUUCCCCAGCCACACCUCCCUAUAAUCACACCCACCACAAUCACCAUCACCAUCAUCCCCCCCAUCGCUCUCCCAGAUCCCGCCUUCCUCCUCAUCCAUCCCUUUCCUGUGAAAAUUCGCCGCACCUUCCACCAAACCUGGACUUUGAUCCCGAGGCUGCUUUUGUUACGCCUGGAAGCUCGGGCUCAGGCUCCGAACCUCACGGUCUGCCUGGCGAAUGGGGAGGAGUUGAGGGGGUGUGGGAGGAGAGGGUGGGGAGGGGUUGGCAGAGAGGGAGAGGGAGAGGAGGGGAGCAAGAGGGGCGAGAGAGGGAGAUAUGGGGAUCACGCGACAUGGGGUUUGAAAGGGCGAGGGUAGCGGCUGCUGUAGCUGCAACAGAUGGAGCUGAUUUUGCUGCUGUUGGUGAUGGGGAUGUUCCUGUUGCUCCUGCUGCUGCUGCUGCUGCUCCUGCUGCUGCUGCCAGUGGCAUCGUCAUUGCACCACCUGUUACUUCUUCCGAUGUGGGGGUUGACGUGUCUCUUGCUGACCUGGAGGCAGCUCUUGCCACUCUGUCACGAUCUGCACAGGGGAGGGGGGUUGGGGGAGCAGGUCAACACAGGCGACACCAUCGGGCGUCGUCCUUCUCACACACAUCUCUCUCCCACUCCUCCCGCACCCCUCCUUCUCGCUCCCCUCUCCCCCCAUCCCCCUCUGCCCGCUCUGCAUUUGCGCAUUCCCCCUCCAACCGAUCCCCAUCUCCUUCUGCCCGCCGCUCUCCCUCCCCCUCCGCCCGCUCCCCCUCUCCUGCGCCCAUCAUGCGGUCCUCCGCCGCCUCUCGCGGCAGCAUGCAUGCGCGGUCACGCAGUUACCACAUGGGCCCCACCUUCGCCGUGCCCACUGCUGCUGGCGCUGCUGCUAAUGCUGUUGGUGGUACUGCUGCUGGGGCAGGGAUGAGGGUAGGAGCAGGUGGUGGGAGUGACGGUGCCAAUGUGGGGGAGGCAGGGGAGUUUGACGAGGAUCUGAGGGACUGGGAGGGCGAGCUGCUCUUCCGCCCUCAACACCACCCCCACCUUUUCCCGCCCGACCGCUUGCUUCAAAGCGUUGGUGCUAAUGGUGGUGCUGCUGCUGGUGCUGCUGGUGGUGGUGCUGCUGGUGGUGGUGGUGGUGGUGAUGGUGGAAUGGAAGGAGAGGCAGGUGAGCGUACACUGGCUGCUGCUGGCCGCCACGCUGCUGAUCUGGAUGGCCACGCUGGUAACGCACGCGACAGGAGGGUGGGGGCGGGUGCGCCGGGGCACAGGCGGUUUGUGUCGGACCUGUUCUUCGAUGCCCCCAUGGAUUACUUCCAGCCGUUUCUGCCCUCCCCUGCUAACUCGUCUGGUGCUUCCAGCCCGGCUGUGGAUCUGCUUGCACCGCACAGCACCCAUUUUGACCUGAUGGCGCCACAGUUUAAUCGGCACGCACCUCACACAACCCAGUUCGACCUGCUCUCACCGCACUCGGGGCAGCAAGAGACGUCCGCCCCGCACACGCCGCGAGCUCUGCACUUUGACCUCGCCCUCCCUCACCCACCCGCUGCACCACCCCUUGACCCGCAUCUCCCCCUCUCGGGACCCUUUGAACUCCUCUCCUCCGACCGACCAUCCUCCGAUCUCGCACCACACAACGCUUUCACAGCCCUUGGGAACAGCAGCAGCAGCAACAGCAUCAGCCUGGUGCAUCCCUCCGCGUCACCCCAACUCCCAUCAGCAGCCCCGCUCCCGCCGCGCAGCAGCAGCAGGCGCAAGCUGCUGGGCGAGCGGAGGGGCUCGAGCUUCAAGGAGCGCCGCUCCUCGCGAGACCUUUCCUUUGGGGACGACCCCGCCUGGCUCAACCCCUCUCUCGCCCCUUCCUCCUCCCCUUCCGCCUCCCCUCCCCCUCCCCUUCCCCUCUCCAUCGCUCCGUCUCGUGACACCGGGGCGGCCCUUGCUGCUGCCUCCUCCUCGUCCUCCCGCCACCGUGUGGCCGGCAGUGGCAGUGGCGCCAGCAGGGAGAGAGCCUUCAAUCGCAGCAGCUCUUAUGGAGGACAUGGGCGCAUGUUCUCAGGUGGGGAAGGGCUUUCUGGAUCAAGGGAUCUCUAUCCGGCUGGGGACAAAGGUGGCAUGAGGGACUUCUUGGGUGGCAGAGACAGCUUCUUAAGUGCACGGGAGCGGGCGGCAGAUGCCACAGGCUCCACUCUGCAAGCCAGAGGCACGAGCAGCGGGGAGCACGCCUUGUUUUCCGCACGGCGAGCCGACCGGGACCUGUUUUUCUCGGAGGAAGGCGGCCGAUUCGCGUCCCCUGCUGGUGUGUUGAGCUCGCGCGACCUGCUGUCAACCAGUCUGCACGGGUCGUUUGUUGGCUCAGACGAGCAUGUGGAAUACAGGCAGGGCGCGUUCGGGAGCUUGGAGCGGGUGGAGGGUGGGGGUGGAGGGGCGGGUGAGAGGCGAGAGCUGGUGGCGGGCCUGCGGGAGCUGAAGGAGGUGUACGUGGUGGGGCGAGCACCGGUGGGGCGCGGGCAGUAUGGCACGGUGCGCAAGUGCGUGCAUCGACGCACUGGCAAGGCGUAUGCUUGCAAGAGCAUCAACAAGCGGAGCCUGCUGAGUGCAGCAGAGAAGGAGGCGGUGCGGCGGGAGGUGGGGUUCCUGGAGCGGCUCAAGGGGCACGCCAACAUCAUUCGCAUGAAGGAGACCAUUGAGAGCACGCGGCACGUGCACAUCAUCAUGGAGCACUGCGAGGGCGGCGACCUGCUCGACCGCAUCCAGCUGCACCGCAACUUCCCGGAACCCUCUGCUGCGCGCAUCUUCCGGUCGCUCAUGCGCGCGCUGCAGCACUGCCACGCGCACGGCAUCGUGCACCGCGACGUUAAGCCCGAGAACGUGCUCAUCGCCCACACCUCCUCCCACCGCGACGCCCUCUCCUCCUCCCGCCCCGGCGCCGGCCACAUCGCCAAGAGCAGCAGCGUGGGCACGAGCGCGAGCAUGGGCGCCAGCGCCUGCAAUUUCAGCAGCGACGCCGUGAAGCUGAUAGACUUCGGUGUGGCGACGCUGUACAGCCCCGACAAGCCGUGCCAAGACAUCAUCGGCACGUCUGAGUACAUGGCUCCCGAGGUCUUCGACCAAUCGUACGGCCCGGAAUCCGACGUCUGGAGUGCGGGGAUCGUCUUAUUCAUGCUGGUGAUUGGCCGAGCGCCGUACAGCGACCCACCCUCCACCGGAGGCUCGGUGGCGCCGGAGGAGAGGCCCGGGUGGCCGAGUGUGCUGGUGGCGAAGGAGGCGGGGUUCUACGGCGUGCGCGAGUGGGAGAAGCUGUCUGCAGCGUGCAAGCACCGAUUCAUCUGCUGGAUGCUCCUCAAAGACCCCAACGCCCGCCCCACGCCACAGCAAGUGCUCGAUCACGAGUGGCUAUCAAUAAUCAACUAG